AUGCCUCCGCAUAAAACGGCAGGUUGUCCCAGCCAAGCCCUGGAGAGGAGGCGGAACCAGCGCGCAGCAUCUGGCGGGUUUUCAAGUGCACGGGGCCGGGGGUGGGGGAGCAGGAUUUCAGGCAGUCUCGAGUCAGAACAAGCCCAUUCGGACUCGAACCGAAUGCUGGGGCCAGCGCAGGUCGCUGACCUCGGGCGCGAGCGACCCCACGCGCCCCCGCCUCCAUCGCUCGCGGCUGCACCUGCCCGGGUGGAGCGCAACGAGCCGGCGGCGGAAGCGAGGGCCAGACCCGCGCCCUUAGAGGCCUCCGGCCAUCGGAUGGUGGCUCUGCACACCCUUCAGCUGCUGCAGCAGGAGUGGGCCUCGGGGGACCGUCCGGGCGCCCCUUGGAGCCGGCAUGACCUAGACCACGUGCCCACCGCCCCAGCGUGUCGCUCAGGCCCAGGGCUGGCAGGGCCCAGGAGAGGGCGCGAAGAGGAGGGCGGGAGCCGGGGGAUCAGGAAUCUGGGGUCCAGGGCGCAGGCGAGCUCCGCCGAGGUGGAAGCCGUGCGAGGUGCCGAAGGGGGCGCGGAACUGCUGCCCUUCCCCGGGGGCCGCUGGCCCUGCACUCUGGCUCGGAUGGCGAUGCGCAGCGCGCUGGCCUCGGAGCUGGUUAGAGUGGAGCAGAGGCUCCUGGGCCCCCUCCAGCAGGAGCGGUCCUUUCUCAUCCGCCUGAAGGACAGUGUUGAGUUUAGAAACAUCUGCAGUCAUUUGGCUCUACAAACUGAAGGACAGCAAUUUGACAGAGAUUUGAAUGCUACCCAUCAGUGUUUGAAAACGAUAAUCAAGAAGCUGAUUCAGUCACUUGCUAAUAUUCCUUCUGAUGCCCACAUGGUAGCCUGUGCUUCCUGGAGACAGAUCUUACAGAAUCUCCCCGACAUAUGA